GGCUAAUAAUUUGUACGUUACGGGACUGAUUUAAGCAAAAAAAUAGAUUCGUUUAAGGGAUGUUGUGCUCGGAAAUAGAGUUAAAAUGACCUGUUUGUCGGGACUCAGUAGGGAUGUGGGUUCAUGUUUACUUUUUCCCCGUGGGCCAAUAUAGAUUGACAGCUCGCGCUAAAAUUCGAUACUGUGACGAGUGUUUGACGUUUACCUAAAACUCAAAAGCCUAUGAGGUACCUCCGUCAGAGAAAUAAAAGCCAGCAAGAUGCCGUCACCACAAGUUCUCCAACCGGUUCUUAAAGUAAAGGUUGACGAGCUGUUUCUCAAUUGGCUGAGUGAUCCUGGAACACAGUCGGCUCUCAAAGAUUAUCUUGACCUAAUUAAAAAUGGACAGUAUGACGACUUGAGCAAUGGGAACGCACAGGACAAAAGGUCGUUGAGCUUUAACGAGAACAACAAUGUGGCAUCACAGAAGAACCUUACAGAGAAGAAAUCGGCCCUCCCGGGUACCGCUUCAAGCCCCGCAUCUAACAGCAUCCUCCCCUCCCGCAGUAGCAGCAACGCACGAGUGACGGGACCCAAUGGAAGAGUACUACGGAGAUCUGUCAGCACCAAAAAGGCCCAGGUGAGGACGGAGGAGCCGGUUACCACUGCACUGAGUGAAAGCAUUCCCAAGUUUUACUUCCCACAGGGACGGCCCCAAGCCAACCUCAACAUCGACGGCCUCAUUUCCAAAAUUGAGAAAAUAUUUUCACAAUUCCCAAAUGAAAGGGCCACCAUUGAAGACAUGGGGCUAGUAGCCAAGGCCUGCGAGUGUCCCCUCUACUGGAAAGUGCCAUUGUUCUGCUCGGCUGGAAGCGACAGGACGGGUUUCGUCUCUGUACACAAGUUUGUGGCUAUGUGGAGAAAAACGCUGCAGACCUGUCACGAUGAUGCUUCUAAAUUUGUGCACCUCUUGGCCAAGCCUGGCUGUAAUUACCUGGAACAAGACGACUUUAUUCCAUUCCUGCAGGAUGUAGUGAACACGCAUGCAGGCUUGGCCUUCCUAAAAGAAGCACCGGACUUUCACUCGCGAUAUAUCACCACGGUAAAUCAGAGGAUAUUUUACAAUGUGAACCGGUCAUGGACGGGAAAAAUAAGCUGUUCUGAGCUCAGGAAAAGUAAUUUUCUUCAGAAUGUGGCGUUGCUGGAGCAGGAGGAAGAUGUGAACCAGCUGACAGAAUACUUCUCCUAUGAGCAUUUUUAUGUUAUCUACUGCAAGUUCUGGGAGCUGGACACUGAUCAUGACCUCUACAUUGACCAGAAAGACCUGGAGCGGCACAAUGACCAAGCCAUUUCACAGAAGAUGAUUGAAAGAAUAUUCUCAGGUACAGUUACAAGAGACAGACGAGUGUAUAAGGAGGGAAGGCUAAGCUACUCUGACUUUGUUUGGUUCCUCAUCUCUGAGGAAGACAAGAAGACCGACACCAGCAUAGAGUACUGGUUCCGCUGUAUGGACCUGGAUGGGGACGGGGUGCUCAGCAUGUAUGAGCUGGAGUACUUCUAUGAGGAGCAGUGUCAGAAACUGGAGGCCUUGGCCAUCGAACCCCUUCCAUUCGAGGACUGCCUCUGCCAAAUGCUUGACCUCGUCAAACCUGAGGUCGAAGGUAAGAUCACUCUGCGGGAUCUCAAGAAAUGCAAGUUGGCCCAUAUCUUCUUUGACACUUUCUUCAACAUUGAGAAGUACCUGGACCACGAGCAGCGGGACCCUUUCUCUGUUAUAAGGGAGGCUGAGACCGACGGUCAGGAGGUCUCAGACUGGGAAAAAUACGCAGCAGAGGAGUACGACAUACUGGUGGCAGAAGAGGCUACCGGUGAUCACUGCAAUGAUGUGUAUGAUAAUCCCUUGAGCCCUCUGGGGCAGCACAUCUCCAGUGAGCUGGGUCUGACAAAGAAACACUUCUUUGAGAUCCCUACUCCACACUGCAACCUGGACAUGGAUGAAUACGAGUAUGAAGAUGACUUUGAAUGAUGCUUGAAGCUUUACUGAAAAGCCCACUCCCCACUUUCCUCUUCCAUAUACAGUCAACCUAUGCAGUUUUCAUAACCGCAUCAUGCAAAGAUCAACAUAUGGAAGACUGAAGGAGUAAUUCAAAACCAGAUGAUGCCUUAGAUUUUCUGUGAACAGCUGGAGACCUCACCAAGUCCCCCACAUUUAACGAGAAGUAACAAAUAUGUGGAGCUGCAAAUGUUUAGCACUCAAAGAAGCAAUUUCAUAUUUUCAUGUGUCUCAAAAAAAAAAAGGUCACCAGAUAUGACUUAAUAAUGUUCUUUUCUGUCACUUUUUCCUCCCGCGUCAUGCUAACACGCUGCAGGUUAUCUUUAGCAUCACGGAUCAUUCAGGGCAAGUCCUGUUGCACCUAGACAUGGGUGUUUGUAAUCAUGGCCACGGGUGCCAAAAGGCACUAGUUAUACACCGGAGCUCCCUGAAUAGUUCAAAAGAGACCUUAUUGAUUUAAUUCAGGGAUCAUAUUUAUUGGCUAAUGUUACAUUCCAGUAAUCAUAUCAAAGGGGUUUUCUAGGAGGCUGUAAAUGCUUAAAGGAUCUGUUGCUGUAAACGUCCAGCCACAGCCUAAGCCUACUGCUCAAACACAAGCAUACCGUUCACCAGACCACACGCACCGCAUCCUGUACGUGCCAGAGUUGGAACUAUUAAUUAUUUUUAGAUGAAUUUAUAGAGUACUGUACAUAUUUAUUAUGAUUUUGCCGUGUUGUAAAUGAUGUGGAGUUUUAGGAUUUUUUCUAUGGUACAGGGUACUUUAUGUGAAUGUGCUUCGACAUGAAAUAAAGGAACAUUUGGGUUUUUUUGAAUUAAUGAAGCAUUGGUAACAAACAAAAAGUAAGGAAUAGUGCUGGUUUUUAUAUGCAUAUAUUGUACAACUAAUUUCAGCUGGAAAGAAUGUGGGACAUUCUCAGAAUGUAUAAAGCGUUUCUUUUUUUUUUCCAAUUACCCAUAUUGCUCUGUCACUGUUUCAUUUCUGCUGUGCACUUACACCUGCAUAAAUGUUCACAUGUCAAGAAAAACAAAUCCUUUUUGCAUUUUCCACUUGGGUACAAAGUGAAUCAAGGAGCAUUUACAGGAAGGUAAACACAGAAAUAUUUGGUAUAUUUUGACAAAGUGACAGAAAGAAAAAAUAAGCAAUGUUGCCAAAUGAUAACUGUAUCAGUCAGGGAACUUUGAAUGCAGGUUAUGAUCUAGCACUGUAAAAAUAAAGAAUCCAAAAUGACAAUAUAAAUGUUUCCUAAUCUCUCAUAGACUAAUAUUUGAAACAUUUUGCCUAAAUUUAUUGGAAGGAUGGACUUAUUUUACUG